AUGGCUGCUCCAAGUGACAUUAAGAUUGAAAAUCUAACCGGAACAUGGAUGCUGGACAAACAACUCUCCACCGAUUCCGAUCCGCUUCUUGCUCUGGUAUAUUCAGCAACACAAUAUCUUCCUCUGCUUACUGACUUUUUACAGCAAGGAGUGAAUUGGGUCGUGCGAAAGGCCAUUGGUAUGACUGAAGUCACCAUGAAAAUGAAACAAUUCGAAGGCUCCAGUCCUGGCACUGGCAGUGCGGUUACCCAAAUUGCGAUCAGCCAGACAGCCAACGUGAACUUGGGCGGGACCUCCGAAAGUCGCUAUCUGGACUGGCAGGAAUAUCCUCAAGAAGACCACAUCUUUGGGAAAACGGUAGUUCAAUCUCGAUUUAUCGGCAACUCAAACCAGGCGGCGAAAUCUGUACCGUGUGUACAUAUCCGGACGGAGAUUAAUGACCCAGAAGUUUUGAAAUUUCUGCGAGGAGAAAUUGAUGAGAGCUACGCGCCUUGCGAUGGCUUUCUUGUUGAGAAAUCCCAAGCCACUGAACCUCUUGAAGGUGGAGAAGACGGCUUAUGGAUCCAUGUGGUCUGGGGUUUUGAAAGGAUUGACGGGCAGCGUCGCUACGUUCGUCGCACUUUGAUGUCGGGCAUUAAGGACGAUUAUCGGAUGGGACGACUGGUAUACCGUUUUGUGGACGGAAAGUGUGACUGA